GCUCCGCCACCAUUUCGCUGCGUAAAGUCUCCUCCCCGCGACCGCUACAUUCUGCGCCGAAACCCAGUCUCUCCCGCUCCGGAUUUUAACUUCUUCCCACAGUCCUAGGUCUACCUCGUUGGGUACCGAGAGCCAGUUUGGACUGCCGGCAUCACGGAUUGAGUACGAUUUUGCGCGGAUGACGGCUCCUUCAGCGAGAAUUUAGUAAAAGAAAAUCAGUCGGAAAUUUCAGAACAUGUGGAAGGGAUCCUAAUUUCAGCAUCCUGGAAGUAGAAAGCACAGAAGACCUGUGUCUCACACCACAGACAGGUGCUUUGUGUGGCCGGAGCAGCUCAGAGGAAGGAAGAUCUGGAGAGGAGGCGGAGCGGCAGCUCGCCUCCCCGGCUGUGGAUGUGCUGGGUGCCAACCCCCAGGCUGCACAGAAUGUGGCUGGGGAGUCGCCUCGGCAUGCCCCGCAGCCGGUCGCAGCUGCUCCCUGCCCAGCCCCCCCGCUCGCCAGUCCGUCCGCCGUGCCGCUGCCAGGCUGCAACUCCGCGCUCCUCGCCAUGGAGAGCACCCCUCCGAACACUUUGCCUGGGACGCUCCCGUGCAGCGACGUUAAGGCCGUCAUCUCACAGGAGGUCCUCUCUGAGGAGACCCCGUCUGACGCCAGGAGCUCUUUGCCGGCGUCGCUCACCGAGGAUGCCGGGAUGCAGAGUCUUCCCGUCCCCACGCCUCUCUCCUCACAGGUUGAUAGCACAGUGGAAGAGCAUCACUACGGGUCACAAACUAUUAAAGACAGAAGCCUCUCGAAUAGUCAGGGAUACCAGAUUGAGCAUCAGAGUCCUGGACCUGUGGUUGUUACAGAAUACAAACCAGAGACUGGAAGCCUCUCAGGAGGAAAUCUUCUCCUGCGCCCCAAAUCUCAAAUCUGCUUCACCGUCGCUUCUUCCUCUGGUUCCCAGUCAGGUGUUGGAUUUAAAGUCCUGGAGCAGCCGGUCCUUACACCUCAGCGCAGCCACACAGGUCUGUCAGGGGUCGCGGAGGACUCAGACUCUCAGCUCCAAACUAAGCAAACUGACCCAUCAGAAACACAACCUAAGGAGCCCAGCAAAACAAACUCUCUGGAGUCAGUCCAGACUUCCCUCCGCACAGAAACGCGACCUCACUCAGGCGCUCCUGACGCAAACAAAAGGGACGACGCCUCCUCCACCUCCCUGUCCUCUGACUUCAACGUGCUGCCGGAGCUCUCCUCACAGGAAAGCGCCUCAGGUCCCGCCGCGGGGCUAGUCGUCUCGCUGCAGGCGGGGACGCCGCACGCCUCAGACCAAGUCCCCCCGACGGAGACGUCGCUGAUCGCCGAGAUCCUGCGCUCGGGCGAGGCCCAAGAAAUCGUGGUGGUCCGGGACGGCUGCGACUGGUCCGGCGUGCACCUGAACCAGAAUUACCUGGUGCAGCGGGAAGACGGCACCGUCUGCCAGGCCGCCAUCGUCAACCAGCUCUCUGCGGGGGAGCCGAAGCUGUACGAAGAGGGCGUCCAGACGAGGGUGGAGCUCCACUCUCAGCCCGUGGAGGUGUACGAGUUCUGCAGCCUGGUGGAGGAGGUGGCCGAGGAGACCAUCUGCGUCGGCGGCAGCGCGCAGAUCCCCCACUCGCCGGGCUACGAGGUGAACCUGUUCAACGCGCUGCUGGAGAACGCAGACGAGGACCUCGAGCCGUCUAUUCACACGGACGCCGACACCAUCAUCAUUUCCCAGGAGUCCCUGGGGUCGGCGGGCGAUGACGCCCACAGCCUGUCCGUGCAGAACCCGAGGGUGGGGCAGCAUCUGGUGUUAAACGCCGACCAGACUGUGGAAAUGGCGCACACGGGCGGGGUGUGUUUACUUCAGGUGUCCGCGCUCACCUCCGACUCCUUCACUGUGGAGGAGAGCGACGUCACGACGCAAACCGGGGCGCCUUGUUCCCCGACCGGCCCGGUGGACCCGGGUGUGACGCAGGUGAGCGGUGCUGCUGCGCCUCAGCAACAGGAGGCGGCGCCGGCGGUCUCAGGCGGGGCCGCCGCCGUAACGGUGCACGUUUCCAGCGCCGCCAGCCCGGCCCCGGGGUUCACCGUCGUCAGCGCCGUCAAACCCGAGUUCUGCGUCUCUUCCCCGGACGGAACCAGAGUCAGCCUGGCUCUGACUCCGUCCGUCUCUGUGGUGUCCGCAGAGACGAAGCCGGCGGCGUUCUGCGCCACCCACUCCUCCGCCGUCGUGAGUCCAAAGCUGCUCCUGUUUAAGCCGGGGGAAACUCCUGUGCUGAAGCACCCCCCCUCCCUGCAGGCGAAGGUGUGCAGGCAGCAGAGCGUGGACGGCACGCCGGCCGGCGCCCACAGCUCUCUGGCUGCCGCCGUGUCUGAGGAGUGCCUUUCCCAGCCCGUCUCAGCCGGGGGCUCUGCGUUUGUGUCCGCCGCCAGUAAAGCAGCGGCUCCGGCUGCUGUCAAAGCCCAGCAGGCGGCGUCGGUCGCCCCUACAGCUUCACCCGGCAAAUCCGAGGCCUUAACCGAAACGUCGGCGGCGCAGGCAGAGCCCCCCGGCGUCCCCCGACCCGUCACGCCUCCGACCUUUGAGGUGCUUCCUGCGGCCGAGGAGCGGGACGAGACGGAGCCGUUCCCCAACCCCAACGACUCCAACAGUUACCACGACGACGCGGAGGACGAGAGCGAGGACAUGGACCAAGACCAGGACGAACAGGGAAGUGACAUCCACGAGGCGGAACUGGGACACGUCAGCAGUCCAGAGGAAGACAGCGACGACGACCCGGACCCAGACAGGAGCGACAUGACGACUCCCAGCUCUACGCUCAAGGUGCGGCAGUGGAUCGCAGAUAGGGUCACGGUCAAUUCGUCGCCAGCCUCGCCCUCCACCUCCGCCUCCUUCCUCGGCCCCUCGUCCACCCCCGAUUGGACGCCGCGUCAACGGGAGAAGACCUCGCCUCUCCGGGGUCCUCAUGGCAAGUUUGUGUCUCCUUCCUCUAUGGGCUACAGCUUCUCCUCCUCGUCGCCAGACCAGAGCACGCCUCAGCGCUCCCGCGGAGAUCGUCACAGUGACAUGGCCGAGCAGGCGAAACACGAAGCAGACAUUGAGCAUCGCACCCAGGCUCUAAAGAAAGAAGGUUUCUGGUCAACGAAGCGUCUCUCUCGUCUGCCGGAGCCGCAGCGGACCAAAGUUCACUGGGAUUACCUCUGUGAGGAGAUGCAGUGGCUCUCUGCCGACUUCGCUCAGGAGAGGCGGUGGAAGAGAGGCGUGGCCCGAAAGGUGGUGCGAAUGGUGAUGCGACACCACGAGGAGCUGAGGCAAAAGGAGGAAAAAGCCAAGAGAGACGAGCACGCCAAAAUCAGAAGAGUGGCCGCGUCCAUCGCAAAGGAAGUCCGGGCGUUCUGGAGCAACGUGGAGAAGGUGGUUCAGUUCAAGCAGCAGUCCAGACUGGAGGAGAAGCGCAAGAAAGCCUUGGACCUUCAGCUCGACUUCAUUGUCGGCCAAACGGAGAAAUACUCCGACCUCCUCAGCAAGUCGCUCGCCAGGCCGGUGGACACCGACGUUACGCCGCAGAAAUCUCUGCCGCCUCCCGUCGAUGAGGACGACAGAGACUUUGAGCCUCCUUGUGAAGAGGAGGAUGAUGAAGAGACCAUAGAGGUGGAGGAACAGCAAGAGGGCAACGACGCCGAGAGCCAUCAGAGGGAGAUUGAGCUGCUGAAGGAGGAGAGCAUGCUGCCCCUGGACCAGCUGCUGAGCACGCUCAAGCUGCCUCCCCCACAGGAGUCUGGCUCAGAGGAGGAAUGCUCAAACGAAUCUUCUUUAUCGGCGGAGGAGGAUGAAGAUGGAGAGUUCACUGCCAACGAGGAGGACGCCGAGGAUGAGGAAGACACCAUAGCAGCCCAGGAGAAGGUGGAAGGGAACGUCAACCAUGCCGAAGAACUUGAUGACCUGGCCAAAGAGGGCGACCUGAGUCUGGAAGAGCUUCUGGAAAAGUACAAAGGAGCGUAUACAUCUGACUUCGAGGCUCCUUCUCCCUCUGCCUCCAAAGCCAGCUCUGAUUCUGAGGUGUCUGGGGAUGAGGAGGUGGAGAAUGAGGAAGAUGAGAGCGAUGUGGAAAGCAACACUUCAUCUUCGGAUUCUCCUGGAGACAGUGCCGACAAUGACACCGAGAAGGACGAAGAGGAGAGUGGUGAAGAGGAGGAUGAGUGUGGAGAUGAAGGGAUGGAGGUUUUGCUGAAGGAGGGAGACCACAGCCCGCCUUCGUCCAGCUCAAGGCCAAAGAAAGAGAUCAGCCAUAUUGCUGCGACGGCAGAAAGCCUGCAGCCUAAAGGCUACACUCUGGCUACAACCAAGGUAAAGACCCCCAUCCCAUUCCUCCUCCAUGGAACGCUGCGGGAAUACCAGCACAUCGGACUGGACUGGUUGGUCACCAUGUACGAGAAGAAGCUCAACGGGAUUCUGGCUGACGAAAUGGGCCUGGGUAAAACCAUCCAGACCAUCGCUCUGUUGGCUCACCUCGCCUGUGAAAAAGGGAACUGGGGUCCUCACCUCAUCAUUGUGCCCACCAGCGUGAUGCUGAACUGGGAGAUGGAGCUGAAGCGCUGGUGUCCAGGGUUUAAAAUCCUCACCUACUUUGGUAGCCAGAAGGAGAGGAAGCUGAAGAGACAGGGCUGGACGAAACCCAACGCUUUCCACGUGUGCAUUACUUCAUACAAGCUGGUGCUGCAAGAUCACCAGGCCUUCAGGCGAAAGUCCUGGCGCUAUCUGAUCCUCGACGAGGCCCAGAACAUCAAAAACUUCAAGUCCCAGCGCUGGCAGAGUCUGCUGAACUUCAACAGCCACCGGCGUCUGCUGCUGACAGGAACGCCUCUGCAGAACAGCCUGAUGGAGCUGUGGUCCCUCAUGCACUUCCUGAUGCCCCACGUCUUCCAGUCCCACCGUGAGUUCAAGGAGUGGUUCUCCAACCCGCUGACGGGAAUGAUCGAGGGCAGCCAGGAGUACAACGAAGGCCUGGUGAAGAGGCUUCACAAGGUGCUGAGGCCGUUCCUGCUCAGGAGGAUCAAGGUCGACGUCGAGAAGCAGAUGCCCAAGAAAUACGAGCACGUGGUGCGCUGUCGUCUCUCCAAAAGACAGAGAUUUCUCUAUGACGACUUCAUGGCGCAAGCCUCGACCCGGGAGACGCUGGCCAGCGGUCACUUCAUGUCCGUCAUUAACAUCCUCAUGCAGCUCCGCAAAGUGUGCAACCACCCCAACCUGUUUGACCCUCGACCCAUCCAGUCCCCCUUCAUCACGCAGCCCAUCGUCUUCCACACUGCGUCCCUGGUGCAGGAAGCUCUGGAGGUUUCUCCUCUGAAGCGCUGCGACCUUUCUGCGUUCGAUCUGGUUGGCUUGGAGCGCCACGUCACCCGUUACCAGGCAGACGUCUUCCUGCCGCGUCACCGUGUCAGCCGCCAGCUCAUACAGGAGAUUACAGAGUCCCCUGAACCACCACCCAGACCCAAACCGGUCCGCAUGAAGGUCAACAGGAUGUUCCAGCCGCCUCCUAAAGGUGAGAACCGACCCGUUCUUCUGAUGAACAAGCCCACCGGCUCGACUCCACCUGCAGCUCAGACCCCCAAACCUCCUCCAGCCCCUGAGACCGCUCCUGCUCCCACUCCUGCUCCUGUAGUUCAGCAAGUGGUGUGCACAGUGGCACCCACUCCUCCGCUUCGUCCUCCGAUCCAGCCCGUUCCUCAGACGGCAGUGAGGUCCAGCGCUCCGAAGCCGAUCCUGACCGUCCGGCCUCCCGGCGCUCCCAGUGCAGCCGGUAUUCCAGCCCAUUCAAGUCCGACCCCCAGCAGCAUCAUGCCCCAGAGGGUCUUACUCAGCCCUGACAUGCAAGCCAGGCUGCCCUCCGGCGAGGUGGUGAGCAUCGCACAGCUGGCCUCCUUGGCAGGCCGACCCGUGUCGUCGAGCCAGGGCAGCAAACCCGUCACCUUCCAGCUGCAGGGCAACAAACUGACUCUGUCUGGAGCUCAGAUCCACCAGGUCCCAGCAGCUGGCCCACGCCCAGUUCAAGGUAAUGUGAUGCACCUGGUGUCCAGCGGGGUCCAGCAUCACCUCAUCAGCCAGCCGGCUCAGCUGACCGUCCAGACCACCGCCGGCGCGCACGCUGCAAACACACCUGCCGCCAGUCAGGCCGCAAACAAGCUGCCGCUCAAUGCCUCACCUCAAGUGCCCUCAACCAUGGUGAGCAGCCCCGGAGUCGUGAAGAUUGUCGUGCGGCAGGCAGCAGGCAAGGAGGGCGGGCCCGUGCCCACACUGGCAGUCGCCCAUUCCCCACGUCUUGCCCCUCAGACCCCCUCCCUGCACCCCCACACCAGCGCCCCUCCUGUCAGGAGCACGGCUCCCCUGCAGAUCGCCCAGCGCACCCCUGGUCUUGGUCCCGCUACCGCCCACUACACCAUAGCGCCCCUCAGACUCCCGAGCUCCAACCCAAACCAGCCCCAACCCCCGCGGCCCGUCCUUAAGGUAGUGCAGCCCCCUCCCCCCAGCGCAGAGCAGCCAGCUCCAACUCUGGUGGCCGGCUCGCCAUCUGUGGCCAAACCCUCAGCAGCGCCUCGAGACGGCGGCAGCAGCAACCAGCCAGCUGCUACCACCAAGUCAAAGAGCAGCGGGAGCACAAAGACCAACCCCCCACGCAGGAGGGCCCCUCGCCCGCCUCUACGAUCUCCUUUCCACGUGUCGUGGCUAGCCGAGGAGAUCAAAGAGCAGCGAGAGAGCCGGCUGGACUUGAUCUUCCGAGUCAACGAGCGGCGCUGCGGCGCCACGCCUGCGUACGGCCGGGAGGUUUUGGACUUUCUAACGUUCCUCCCCGGCCCUCGCCAGUCUCCGCCGCCUCUGAGAGCGCAGGGGGAGUGGCGGCGCUCGGGCCACAGCAGCUGUCUGCUGGCACAGCAGCGGGACGAGGAGGACUACUGGCGCCAGAGCCCCGCGUUAAGAGAGGCCAUCCACGGCCCUGACAAAAGGGUGGAGCUCCUCAGCCAUAUAAUCGACAGGUUUGUGUUUGUGAUUCCUCCUGUGGAGGCUCCUCUGAUCUCCAUGCACUGCUGCCAUCCUCCUCCGUCCCUGAGCCACAAGCAGGCGGUCUUCUCCUCCACGCUGUCGGCCCAAGUCGCUCCGCUGACCCGCAGCCUGCACCACAUCCACUGCAACAUGAGGACUCAGUUUCCUGACCUGAGGCUCAUACAGUACGACUGCGGCAAGCUUCAGACUCUGCACACUCUGCUGCGAAAGCUGAAGUCCGGAGGCCACCGAGUGCUGAUCUUCACCCAGAUGACGCGCAUGCUGGACGUGCUCGAGCAGUUCCUCAACUACCACGGCCACAUCUACCUGCGUCUGGACGGCAGCACCCGCGUGGAGCAGAGACAGGCCCUCAUGGAGCGCUUCAACGCAGACCGACGUAUCUUCUGCUUCAUUUUGUCAACUCGCAGCGGAGGUGUCGGGGUCAAUCUGACCGGAGCCGAUACCGUGGUUUUCUACGACAGCGACUGGAAUCCCACCAUGGAUGCUCAGGCCCAGGACCGCUGUCACCGAAUCGGCCAGACCCGGGACGUCCACAUCUACAGACUGAUCAGCGAGCGAACAGUGGAGGAGAACAUUUUAAAGAAGGCCAACCAGAAGAGGAUGCUGGGCGAUAUGGCAAUAGAGGGAGGAAACUUCACCACCGCCUUCUUCAAAGAGCAAACCAUCAGGGAGCUGUUCGACGUCAACGACGGGGAGAAGAGGGAGGCGGCGGCGGAGCUGUCUGUGCCUCAGGCUGAGGAGGAGGAAGGCGUCAACAAGCAGAGCACCACCAUCCUGGAGCAGGCGCUGUGUCGAGCCGAGGACGAGGAGGACAUCGUGGCCGCCUCCCAGGCCAAAGCGGAGCAGGUGGCCGAGCUGGCCGAGUUCAACGAGAACAUCCCGCUGGACGACGGCGGGGAACAGGAGGAGGUGGAGGAGCUGUCCAAGGCGGAGCAGGAGAUCGCUGCUCUGGUGGAGCAGCUCACCCCCAUCGAACGCUACGCCAUGAACUUCCUGGAGGCUUCUUUGGAGGACGUCUGCAAAGAGGAGCUGAAGCAGGCUGAGGAGCAGGUGGAAGCUGCGCGGAAGGGCCUGGACCAGGCCAAGGAGGAGGGGCUGAUGCUCCACCGCUCCUCCGAUGAAGACGACGACGACUUCAUGCACACGCCAGCUUCCUCUGAACCCGCUCAGCAGACUCCCGCCCGCCGCGGCCGUAAACCCAAGGACAAGACGCUGACCUCCACGCGGACCAGCGGCCGACUCCGCGGCGCCUCGCCCGACACCGAACCCGAGCCGCAGACGGCGAGGGAGGUGCCCGAAAGACUCCGUCUGAGGGGACGGCCGGCCGCCAAAGACUCCGCCUCCGUCAAACCCUGCACAUCAACCCGGGUUCAGGACUCCAAGUCGUCUAAAGCCUCGUCUCCCGGCAGAGAUCACCAGACCACCAAGACGAGGACUCAGCCAAGCCGUUCCCAUCCCAGUCCCGUGCCUUCCCCUUCUGCCGGCUCUCCUCCGGUGGGGAGGCAGCAGUGCGCCGCGCAGGCCGACGCUAAAAGCUCCAAAGCAGCCAAGGAGGAGAAGGAAGAGGAGAAAGAAAGGAGAAUCUCUGAGUCUUCGUUAGAUUCCAGCUUCGGAGCAGAACAUCUGACCAAAGAGGACGACGGGCCCAUGUCCCCUCCCUCCACGAGCUCCCGGUCGCCUCGUAAGCGCCAGACGGCGGACGGCGAGGUGCUGCGGGGCCUGACGGACGAUUCCCCGUCCGCCAAAGUCCUGCGGAAGCUUCCGGGAAGGCUUGUGAAGGUGGUGGAGGAGAAGGAGCCCAGAAGGAGGAGACGGCGAGGAAGCGAAGCCGGAGCCUCCUCGGAGGACGUGACGGCGGAGGAGCACGCCGCUGGAUUCACAGACGAGCCGAGCAAAGAGAACACGUGCCAGAGCCCCAAUGAAAAGACGAGAGCGGCCGUGUACAGCUUCCCCCAGGACCACGACUCCUGCCAAAGCCCGGCUGCUCCUCCUCAGCCGGUCCGGGGUUACCCUCCGUACUCGCCGCUGCACCUUUCCCCCGACAUGCCGGUGCUUAGAAACCUUCCUGUGCGACGCAGGCUGGAAACAGAAUCCCGCAUGGCGGCUCAGCUGGGCGAGCAGCAGCAGCAGCUUCACGGGCGAGGAAGAGGAGCGCCCCUAACUAAGCAGACAGACUCAGAGUCUAGCAUGAACUGCCUUGUGACGCCUGUGAAAAGGAAGCGGGGCCGGCCCCCUAAGAUCCACACUGCUGCACCUGAGCCCGAAACCAGAGCGGCUGCUUCCCCCUCCUCCCUGAGCGAGGACAGGAGCCCCGCUCUGUCCCCCAAACGGAAGAGGGGUCGCCCCCGCAAGGACUCCACAGUCGCGUCCGACGCAGUUUGUGCGGCACAAAGCUCCAACGCACCAAAAGCUGAAACCAGAGUCCCAGAGACGCCGUCUGCAGCUGCCGUCAACACAGAUCUGCUCUCUGAGGAAACACCGGCACAAGCUUCAAUCCCUGCGCAGCCUUGUGGAGCCAGUACAGGUGAGACGUCCACGUCUGACUCUGCUUCGGUCCAGACGCCAGCCGAACCCGCGUCUCCUCCUCCUGCUGCAGCCGCCACACCAGCUCCAGUUCAGGGUCCCCUCCCAUCAGCCCCAGUGUGCGUCCCGGAGGCCCCUCCAUCCGUCUCAGCAAGCCCUCCCUCAGCGACGCCCGCCGCCGGUGUCUCUGCUUCAGGACCAGACUCUUCCCCCGUCUCUACAGCUGAGGCCCCGGGAGAACCCGACUCUGGUGAAUCCCCCGCAGAUGAGGAAACUUCAAAGGCGAGCCCCCCUCCUGCUGCAGAAGUCCAAACCCUGGAGCCCGGUAUCACGGAAGGCGUCGCCGCACCAGACGACCUGCACGCGGCUAAAAGCGAUGCUCCACAGGACCUGCUGCAGGACUCUGCCGCUCCUACAGGACCGCCUGAAACCGAGACCCCGCAUGGAGGUCAGGAGGCGACAGACACGACUUCAGAAACUCUUCCAGACGCGUCACAAGCCGCCCAGGAGAGCCAAUCAAAGAGCACGACUCCAGAAGAUACGGAGCAAACGGCUUCACCAAACUCGACCCCAACCACGCCCGGCGACGCCUCCGACACGGCGGCUCCGUCCGCUGAAGACGAGACUCCGUCAGGACAGGCUGAGGUGACCGCGGUCCUGACCCAGCCGGUUCCAACGCCGCCGCCGCCGCCGCCAUCGUCCUCAGAGACGCCUGCAGACGUUCAGGCGACACCAGAACCGGACGGGUCUACAGAGACGUUUGCAACUUCCUCUGAGACAAAGACGGCUCCAGAACCCUCUGGUGCAACAUCUGCUGUGGUAACAACGCCUGCAGACACGCCUUCCCCUCCAACAGAGGAGGUCAGCGCUGCAACUCCUGCUGCCUCCACCCCAGCGGUCGCUGAGCCGAACCCAGCAGGAGCAGCAGGAGCAGCGCCUUCUGAAGAAAGUCACUCAGAAAUGGCGUCUGCAUCGUCUCCAGAACAAACCCUCACAGCCAGGGAGGCAGCAUCGUCCCCCGUCUCCUCCGCCCAAACCCCUGCAGUCAUCUGCCCGGUGGAGGAGCGGUCUGCGUCCCCUGCUGCUCCUGAAGAGACGCCCGCAGAGGCUGCUCCCCAGACGGAGGAGGCGCCCGCUGACGCGUCGGCCAACACGGAGACCAAAGGAGACCCUGACACAGACGUGGGAGCAGACGCCGUGAAGGAUGAAGCAGAAUCCAGCAGGGAGGAGGAUGUCUGUAAGCCAGAGCCUAAAAGGAGAAGGCUGGACACCUCCUCCGACUCAGGGAAGGAAAAAGCUCCUCGGGAGGCCGCCGCCGAUGGUCAGAAACUUUCCAAGCAGAAGAGGCCCAUCAGCCGGGAGAGCAGCCAGGAGUCUGUGCGCUCGUCUUCGCCGUCGUCCGGGAGCUCCUCGUCGACCCUCACCCGGCACGCUCACCACAAGAAGACCUACGAGAACAGGCAUCAGGGCAAGAGGAGGCGAACGGAGACACCUGAGGGAGAGGAGGAGGAGGAGGAGGAGGGGAAGGAAGCGGUCACCACUGCCUCUCACAGGAGACGCUCCAGGUCCUCCUCUUCCUCGUCCGACUCGGACAGCAGCGAGAGCAGGAGGCGGCUGACGCGCUCCACCAAGCGGCGGCUGCAGGACCAGGAGGAGGACGCAGGAAACGAGGAGAGGAAGGGCGUGAAAGUCCCACGCAGUCACGAGAGGAACGCCUCAAACAACAACACCACCGCGUCCACCGGGGGGGAAUCCGGCAGCGACACGUCUUCUGUCAGGAUCACCAGGAAGUCGGCGGGCUCCCAGCCGCCGCAGACCAACAGCGCCUCCCUGUUGCCUCCUGAGCCGGAGGUCCUGGGCAAGAGGUGCUCGGCUCUGAACGCGGCCGCCAAGCUGCUGGCCAUGAAAGGCAGGGUGGACACCCCCGGUCACACGACCCGCAAAGAGUCCGGCGCCAAAGCUGCCUCCUCUUCUGACAGGAACCAGAAGCCUAAAGGCCUCCUGGCCUCCCCUCAGAGCAACUCGGUGAGUCCCAAUAACAGGAGCAGGAGCGGCAAACCUUCGCCUCCGGACCAGACGGGCCGCCCCGCCCCCCGCUCCACCAGGCGGUGCCCCGGUCAGCUGGUGCCGCCGCUGCAGGCGGAGUACAAGAGGCCCAAACCCGAGGAGAGGGAGAGUAAGAAGAAGGGGAAGGAGGGCGAGGGCCACAGCGCCUGCAGCAGCAUGAGCAGCGACGGCGAGGGGGAGCGCAGCAGCAGGAGCCGCAGCAGCAGCAACAGCAGCCAGCGCACCCGCAGCAUCAGCUCCCAGAACACCGAGUUCAGAGGUUCCCGGGCCGCCUCCUCCGGCAGCGAGCGCGACAGGGACCGCAGCCCCGAGCGGAGGAGGGGCGGCGGCCUGAAGGAGCGGCGGAAGGACCGACAGGAGAGCAGGAGGUCCCAGAGACACUCGCAAGAGGUGACCAGCAGCCCGGGGGCGGAGGGGGUGCCGGACAGGGUGCUGCGGAGCGUGGCGGCGCUCGCAGCGGUGCAGGCGCGCUCGCCGGCCGCCAGCACCCGCUCCUCCUCCUCCUCCUCCUCCAAUCAGCAGCGCAACAAGACAUGA